AUGAGCAUUUGUAGUAAUCAAUGUGUAAAAGAAGACUGGGAUGAAAAGAGUACCAGCACAGAUGAAAAGGACGAUGAGACUUUCUUUGAAAUUGAUGUUAAACCUAAAAAAAAGAGAUUUGAAACUAUUGAACAAAAAAAACAAUAUAUUGAAGAGUAUACUAAGAAAAAGAAAACAGAACUAUGUAAAAAUUAUUAAGCUUUGGGAUAUUGUAAAUUUGGAGAUGAAUGUUCCUUUGCACAUGGUGAAAGAGAAUUAUAACCUAAAAUUCAUUUACAUCAAAAUUAUAAGACCAAAGCUUGUGUUCGAUACUUCAAUGAAGGAUUCUGUCCUUAUGGUUUACGUUGCCAAUACCUACAUAAUGAAAUCGUAAAUCAAUAAAAAUUUGAUCGAUACUUACUGAAUUGUUACAAGCAAAAUGGGAUGAAACCGCCUAUUUCUUAAAAACUUUUAAAUACCUCAGAGAGAUUGGACAUAUAAAGGUUUUAGUAGAUUUUCAACAACUUUUAAAAGCAAGGACUUACUAUUCAUCUUCAUAAUAGGUCUAAGUUUCUUAAAAAAUUAGAAAAUUAGUAAACCUUAUCAUCUUGA